AUGGAAUCCAAGCUCUCCUGUCUGUUAUCAUUCAAAGAAGACGUGAUUCCAGUGGAAUACAUCCAGCCACACUACAAGGAGUCCUACCGGCUUGCCAUCUACGGUCUGGUCAGUGGGGGUACAGAUGCCUACCAGGAGUACCUCAAAACCGAACAACUCAGUAACUUUCUCUCUGAAGAGGAGGUCAUCUUCAUUUUGGACAAUGCAGAGUUGCCAGUCCCGGAGGAUGAGGAUUAUGAAGCAAGGAAACGUGAAAGUGAAGAAGAUGUCAGAGCUCCCUCGACUUACUUCCCCACCGAGUCAGAUGAGGAGGUUCCUGACCUUGACCUCGGCUGGCCAGAGGUCACCAAUGAGAACGUGGAGACAAACAUCAGCCUGCUUUUCCACCCUCCCAGACACAACACACCGACCAUCAAAGAGACGAUACGUAAACAUAUACAAGACGCAAGACAGGUUAUUGCUAUAACGAUGGAUGUCUUCACUGACGUUGAUAUUUUGAAGGAGAUUGUCAAUGCGACUACUAGGGGAGUGAUGGUCUACAUACUUCCUGAUGACUUCCAAUUCAAAAGCUUUCUGAAUAUGGCUAAGAGCGCAGGUGUCAAAAUCCAACAUCUAAAGAACUUGCGAGUUCGGACAGUGAAAGGACAGCAGUACAUGUGUCGAUCUGGAAAACAGUUUUGUACGGUACAUACAGGUAUGUCUAAGGUAUUUUUAUAUAUAAGUAACCGGAUGACUGCAUUUAUUUAUUAUAACAUCUUUCUUUUGGUCUCCCUUUUCUCCAGCUUCAUGUGGUCCUUUGAGAAGAUCAACCUCAGCAUGGUCCUGGUGGUCACAGUGCUGCUGGUGGGCUCUUACGACGAGGAGUUCAGACGUCUGUUUGCCCGAUCCAUUCUGCCCGGAACAGCCACGUACAACCCUUAUUCCGGUCUUCUCUUUGAGAGCAGACUCUCUCUUGACCAGAUUCACAUGAGAUCCAGUGGGAGACAGCUUAACUUGAUGAGUUCUACUGGUCAACAGAAGGACGAUCGAUACAACAAUGGACAUAUGGUCACAAGAAGACUGAGCUUUCAGGAUAGACUGAAUCAAUCUCACUGCACCGAUAUGGGGAAACUUGUGAGGGGACACAGCUACGCCGGAGAGCUGCCACAGAGAGGGAAUUCCACAACUCCCUUGAUGAAUGUAAGAGAUGACGCUGGCGGCGCUCACGGUGCCCCUGAGAGAGGCAGACGCAUCGAGGACACACUGUUACCAGGCAGGAUUAAUCAUUACAUGCAGAAGAAGAAGUAUGGCAUUGACCAAAAGCCUCUACUCCCUUUCAGCAGUGAGAACUCUCUUAGCUGGUGGAAGAUCGACUCGUACCUCAAUAACAGUGAUGCGACCCUAGGGGAGCCAGUUGAGAAUCUGCAUCAGCCUGACAGUACGCAGAACCCAACCACAUCAUCCCGUAUGAGAACAUCAGUCCUCUUCAACAGCCGUCUGGCAGAGCAGUCUGAAACUCCUAACUAUAUGUCUGAGCACUCUGUGACAUCUCAACCAGGCAAUCUAUGGCUGCAAUCUCCACAGGGCAGUCAAGGAGUGACAUCUCCACAGGGCAGUCUAGGUGGCCUAAGCAACUUCCAACCCCAACUGACCGCUGCUAGAUUGCGGGAGAGUCAGACGAGAUUGGAAGAGAUCCGACGGAAAAGGCUCAGUUUACAUGAGUAUGAGAAACCUGUCAGCAACUUAAGGCCAGGGCAGAGCCAGGAUUCUCUCAGGCUGUCUAUUUUCUCUACUCUCGAAAGAGCUAAAGGAAGGUCGUCAGAGAGAGGCCUGGAUAAAAGGCACAGUGCGGCAGAGCUUGCAGGCAGCUCCGAACACAGUUCUAAUCAGGGACCAUCCAGCCACAGAGAGGAACUCACCUCAGGAGGUCAACAGGAAGAGGGAAACAGAGUUGAAGAACAAAAAUGUAAACUAACCAACUUCAGUGAUGCACAAAGGUCUGUCUCACAAUACGAUAUCACGACCAAGACAGAGAGGAAUCCUCUUGAUGACUGGCAAGAGCCUCUCUCCAGGACGAUGUCGGCAGCCCAACUGGGAAUACAACUAAAGGAACCUUUUCUCAAGCCCUCCAACUUCAGACCAGUUGGACUUAAUGUGGAGAGCUCUAAAGCACUAACAUCUUUGAAUGGAAUACCAGAGGAGAAGGAGGGCCCCACCAGGAAGAGUCAUGAAUCCACUGACCAGCUGGCCAACAGCUCCGACUUGGUGCUCUCCGCAGACAAAGAGGAAACACGCCAAAGUGUGAAUCCAUUGAAACUCAGAACUUCUGUGACAUCAAUAAAGAAUAUAGAGCAUGCCGAUGUUUCAGUGGAGAAAACGCCACACAAGGUAGAAGGAGCAGAACUCCAAAGACAGAAUUCAUUCAGAUCCACACUUCAAAGGAUAGGUUCAGUGAGAUCAAAGCAUUUAGUGCAGGCUGACAUUUCAGCAGAGCAGAGAACCAUCUCAGAUCCUCCUGGAAAACCGUCAGCUGUGGGACUUACUACAUCACCCAAGGGUCAUUCUCCAAGCCCUUCCAGGUCAUCACACAAUGCAGCUGGCACUGAAACCGAAAAGGAACAACAGCAUAAUUCUCCCAGCCCAGCAGGUAAAUCAUCAUCUCCUGGGUUAACUACUAGCUGGGUUAGAAAGAGCUUUAGAAAGAAAUGUGAACCAGAGAAGAACUCUGGAGAGCAAACAAACACCGUGGAGAGUCAAGCAUCAAUUAAUUCAGACACCAGGCGGAAACGAGCAUAUAGCCGGUUUGAGAGUUUUGUUACAUUUGACAACAAGCCUUCAGAUAAACCGACAACUACUGCAAACAGAUAUGACUCAGACAAACACAGGAGUUUGUUUGUGAGACAUCCCUAUAUUAGUUCCAUACACAGCUAUCAAACUGAAACUACGCCCAAUGAAAAUAAGCUUAGCCGAUUCAUACAACGGGUGGGGAAUCUCAUCAGCAAGAAGUGAAUGUGUAAAUGUUGUCUAUGAUCAAGGCAAUAACAGCACUGUUCUAUGACAUGGUUUGUAUUGUAAA